GAGCGAGCGAGGGAAGAGAGGAGAAAGAGAGAGAGCAGAGAGCGAGAGGAGAGCGACGUGUAGAGAAACCGAGGGGAGAGAACCCGAGUGUGUGUAUGCGUGUGCGUGUGUGAGCGCGAGCGAGCUUGCGAGGGAGAGGAGCGAGAGUGAGAGCGAGAAAGAAUAAAAGGAAAGAAGAUUUUCUCUAUGUAUAUAAAGAUGGCCACGUUAGCAAACGGACAGGCUGACAACGCGAGCCUCAGUACCAACGGGCUCGGCAGCAGCCCUGGCAGCGCCGGGCACAUGAACGGAUUAAGCCACAGCCCGGGGAACCCGUCGACCAUUCCCAUGAAGGACCACGAUGCCAUCAAGCUGUUCAUUGGGCAGAUCCCCCGCAACCUGGAUGAGAAGGACCUCAAACCCCUCUUCGAGGAGUUCGGCAAGAUCUACGAGCUUACGGUUCUGAAGGACAGGUUCACAGGCAUGCACAAAGGCUGCGCUUUCCUCACCUACUGCGAGCGUGAGUCAGCGCUGAAGGCCCAGAGCGCGCUGCACGAGCAGAAGACUCUGCCCGGGGUGAACCGGCAGAUCCAGGUGAAGCCUCGGACAGUGAGAGCCGAGGAGGUAGUAGCUGCCUGCGCCAGCCCCCUUCACGUGAGGGCCCACUUGUCUCUGCCCCUCCCCCUCCGCCUCCCCCCUCUCUCCCUCCUCUGA